CGCUGCAGUUGUCAGGUGACUGUCGUAUAAGAGGAAGCAGCCGGUGCUCGCUGUCAUUUUGUCGCCGCCUCUUCUCUCCGUCCUCUGUGGUGUCAUCCUUCUCAUCCCGGCUCCUAGAACACCGGCACCAUGGCCCUGAGCGAUGCCGACGUCCAGAAGCAGAUCAAGCACAUGAUGGCUUUCAUCGAACAAGAAGCCAAUGAGAAAGCAGAGGAGAUUGACGCCAAGGCGGAGGAGGAAUUUAACAUUGAGAAGGGUCGUCUAGUGCAGACUCAGAGGCUGAAGAUCAUGGAGUAUUAUGAGAAGAAGGAGAAGCAGAUUGAGCAGCAGAAGAAGAUUCAGAUGUCUAACCUGAUGAACCAGGCCAGACUGAAGGUCCUGAAGGCUCGAGACGACCUCAUCUCAGAUUUACUGAAUGAGGCUAAGCAGAGGUUGGCGCGGGUGGUGAAGGAAUCAGCACGGUACCAAGCUCUUCUGGACGGUCUCAUCCUGCAGGGUCUCUACCAGCUACUGGAAUCUAAAGUGGUGAUCCGGUGUCGUAAGCAGGACCUGCCCCUCGUCAAGGCUUCUGUACAGAAGUGUAUCCCCAUAUACAAGGCCGCCACAAAGCGAGAGAUACAGGUGAUAGUUGACCAGGAUAACCACCUCGUCCCAGAGAUCUCUGGAGGGAUCGAAGUCUAUAAUGGAGAUGGAAAGAUCAAAGUAGCGAAUACUCUGGAGAGCCGAUUGGACCUGAUGGCUCAGCAGAUGAUGCCAGAAAUUAGAGUUGCUUUAUUUGGAGCCAACACAAACCGCAAGUUCAUGGACUGAGCGCAUCCUCGCCACUGCCAUACUGCUGUACAGAGAAGAGAAAAUAUUCUGAAUACUUUACGUUCCAGUGUUGUCAUCCCAUCUGUUGCCCUUCUUUAUGUGCUAGAUAUGUGUCUUAGGAGUUGAAGGCAGAGGGGUCUGGGGUAGUGGUGAGGAUGGAGGCUUCGGGUGCUGGGCUGGUCUAUGAGCCUUCACAGUAACGGUGCCUAUUUCUUCACUACCACUGAGACUGACGGCUCAGUAGCAGAAUCUUUAGGUCUGCUCUACUCAGAAUGAUCUUUAUAGGGUCUCUAAUAGAUAGACAUGAUAGACCUGGGAGCAUCAGGUGUAUUCUUGUGUCAGAAAGGAAGAAUUUCUGCAGCCCACUGCCGCACACUGCUACCACCAUCAUUCCGCCCCAGCCCAGACCUGUGUUUGGUAUGAGUCUCCUGUAUGACCAUGGCAGCCAUUGUGAAGUUGUCUUUUAUUUAUUACAGUAAAAAA